GUUGGAUCUGGGUAAUUUCUCGAUCAGUAGAAGUUCUUGAUAUUCUGCCAACUGAUCUAAAAAGGAGCCGUUCUCAUCAGUAGAAGUUGAUGGCUUCAUCUGAUUCUCCUCAAGAAAAGUAUGAUGUUUUUCUUAGUUUUAGAGGCGAGGACACCCGCUACAAUUUUACCAGCCAUCUCUACGGAGCUCUGAUUCGGGCGAAUAUUUCAACUUUUAUUGAUAAUCAACUUAAUAGAGGAGAUGAAAUUUCGUCAUCUCUUUUGAAUGUUAUUAGAGAAUCAAAGAUUUCGGUUAUCAUUUUUUCAGAACGCUAUGGAUCUUCCAGAUGGUGCCUCGAAGAACUUCGGGAGAUCAUUAAUGGACGAAGGAAUAUGAAUGGUCAAAUCGUAAUACCAGUCUUUUAUCUCGUAGAUCCAUCAGAUGUAAGAAAUCAAACUGGAACUUUUGGAGAUGGAUUUGCUAAGCUUAACAAACGUUUUGCACAGAGUUUAACGAAGAAAUGGAGGAAUGCUUUGACGGAAGCAGCAAACUUAUCUGGCUGGCCUUUAGAUGCCACUGAGUCCGAAUAUGAUCGUAUACAGGAAAUUGUCAACCAUGUUCGGAGGACAUUGAUUCCUAUGUACCCAAGUAAUUAUGACAAGAAUUUAGUAGGAGUACAAUCAAGCAUCAAGAAAAUUGAAACUUUAUUAAGCAAAGGGUUAGAAGAUGUUCUCAAAGUAGGAAUAUGGGGAAUGGGUGGUAUAGGUAAAACAACUGUUGCAAGAGCUGUAUUCAACAAAAUCUUUAAGGAGUUUGAUGAUUAUUUCUUUGCUCUAGAUGUUAGCGAAGCGGUAGGCACAUCUUUGCAGAAAGAUCUUUUUUCUGCAAUUUUACAGGAUGAAAAAGCCCAUCUAGCUUGCGAGUUAACAAAGAAAAGACUUGGGCGUAAAAGAAUUCUCAUUGUUUUUGAUAAUGUGGAGUCCAAAAGACAAAUAACAGAUUUGAUUGGGGAUCUUAAUUGUUUUGGUUUAGGAAGUCGAUUCAUUAUAACAACAAGAAACAAACAAGUGCUUAAGAAUUGUGGAGUGGAUGACACUAAUAUAUACAAGGUUGAGAGAUUGUUUCAUCAUGAAGCUUCUCAGCUUUUUAGUUGGCAUGCCUUUCAACAAAAGUAUCCACCUUCAGGUUAUUCUGAGCUGUCGAAAAGGGUAAUAAAGUAUGCAAAUGGUGUUCCAUUAGCUCUCACUGAGUUGGGUUCCAUUUUAUUUGGCAAAAAAGAAGUCUGGGAAAGUGUCACAAAUAAACUACAAACAAUGCCUUGGAAGGGUAUUCAAGACGUGCUAAAAGUCAGUUAUGAUAGAUUAGAUCCUAAGCAACGAGGUAUCUUUCUAGAUAUUGCAUGUUUUUUUGAAAGGGAGAGUAAAGCUCUUGUAAUUAAAUUUUGUGAUAUUGAUAACUCCGGCCCAACUUGUGAAAUAGAUGCUCUUAUCGACAAAUGUCUCAUAAGUGUGUCAAGUGAUAAGAUAAUAAUGCAUGACUUACUUCGAGAAAUGGGUAAGGGAAUUAUACAAGAAUUCUCUCAAUAUCCUGAAGACUGGAGUCGUUUGUGGCAUCCCAAGAUAUUUAUCCUAUACUGGAGGAAUCUACGGGAACUAGAGCAAUUGAAGGCAUAUGGUUUGACAUGAUUGAAGGAAGUAGGAUAGAAUUAAGUCCUCAUGUUUUUCGAGAG